AGGAGCAGCUGUCAUUGAGUCGAAGCGGGUGCCCGCGCGCUGGCUGCACAUAUAGCGAGAGACUAUCUUGUUUGAAGAUUCUGCUGCAGCUCCUAUCCAUCUUGCCUCAGACAGGAUGAGACGUUGAAGUGAGAGAGAAAGAAAGAAAGAAAGAAAGAAAACUAGGAUUGUUUGGAGGGCCUCCCCUUUGAUUCUCCGGAGAGGCAGGUUGGCACGAGAACACCGCAACGAGGCGCAAAAAUCACGUCUUCUGCCGCUGCGUGAAAACACCUCAUACGAGUUGUGGAUUAUUCCGAGGACAUCGUACUGAAACCAUGAGCUGGGGGUCAGAGCUAUGGGAUCAGUUUGACAACUUGGAGAAGCAUACACAGUGGGGGAUCGAGUAUUUGGAGAAGUACACCAAAUUUGUCAAGGAGAGAUCAGAGAUAGAAACCAACUAUGCAAAACAAAUUAGGAAUUUAUCAAAGAAGUAUCAACCCAAGAAGAACUCAAGAGAAGAGGAGGAGAGCAAGUACACCUUCUGUCGAGCCUUCCUGACGACACUUAACGAAUUAAAUGACUACGCGGGUCAGCACGAGGUCAUAGCCGAGAACUUGACGGCUCAAAUCAUCAGCGAGCUUUCGCGCUAUCUACAAGAGCUCAAGUCGGAAAGAAAAUCGCAUUUCCAUGAUGGGCGUAAGGCGCAGCAGCACAUCGAGAGCUCGUGGAAGCAGCUGGAGACGAGUAAAAGAAGGUUUGAGAGGGACUGCAAAGAGGCGGACAGAGCGCAGCAGUACUUUGAGAAGAUGGAUGCUGACAUUAACGUGACUAAGGCUGACGUGGAAAAGGCACGGCAGCAAGCUCAGAUGAGGCACCAGAUGGCGGCUGACAGCAAGAGCGAUUACUCCACCCUCCUGCAGAAGUUCAACCAGGAGCAGAAUGAACAUUACUUCACAGUUAUCCCAAACAUAUUCCAGAAACUUCAAGACAUGGAGGAGAAACGAAUCGAGAGGAUAGGAGUGUCCAUGAAGACGUUCGCAGACGUGGACCGUCAAGUGCUGCCCAUCGUGGGGAAGUGUUUAGACGGCAUGACGAAAGCAGCCGAGUCCAUCGAGCCUAAGACUGACUCAAAGCAGGUGGUGGAGUCCUAUAAGUCCGGGUUCGAGCCCCCGGGUGACGUUGAGUUCGAAGACUACGGCCAGGCCAUGAAGAGAACGGCGUCCGACACCAGCCUGUCCAGAGAGGCGAAGGAGAAACCUGCCGGCAAGACCAGCAAAGGCAAACUGUGGCCUUUCAUUAAGAACAAGAACAAGGGCUCUGGACCUGAGGACUUCAGCCACCUGCCACCAGAACAGAGGAGGAAGAAGCUGCAGGGGAAGCUGGAUGAACUGAACAAAGAUAUCCAGAAAGAAACGGAUCAGAGGGACGCCCUGACUAAGAUGAAAGACGUGUACGUGAAGAACCCUCAGAUGGGUGACCCGACAAGCGUGGACCCCCGGCUUUCAGAAAUAGGCCAGAACAUCGAAAAGCUGCAGUUUGAAGUUCAGAAAUUUGAGGGCUGGUUAGCGGAGGUGGAGGAGAGGAUGCCAUCAAAGAGCGACACACAGCGUAGAAGUAUCUAUGAGACCCAGAACAACACAGCAGUGAGCAACAACUGUGCACAGGACAGAGAGAGCCCGGAUGGCAGUUACACGGAGGAGCAGAAUUCAGAGACUCAGGUGAAAGCCAACAUCGCCCCAGCACCCAACACCAACCCCAUCCCCACGUCCACCACGCCGGAGUUCGACGACGAGUUCGACGAUGAGGAGACCCUGCCCACCAUCGGGACUUGCAAAGCCUUGUACCCAUUUGAAGGUCAUAACGAGGGCACCAUCGCCGUUGCAGAGGGCGAGCUGUUGUACGUCAUAGAGGAAGACAAAGGAGAUGGCUGGACACGAGUGCGCAGGAACGAAGACGAGGAAGGAUACGUCCCCACAUCCUACGUCGAGGUCUUUUUGGAAACAAAUGCCAAAGGUGCUAUGACAUACAUUUAACCGUGCAAAGGUCACUGUUAGCUUAGAUGAGAUGAUGCCCCUCUGCAUACACAAUUGCUGUCUCCGGUCCUGUGGAGAAACAGAUUUGUACAUUGUGCCUCUGACGGUUGUGGCAGACGAUGUAAUGUUGUUUUUUUGAGCUCUGAACACAAAUUUUAAAAAAUGACACUGACUGAACACAAGCUGAGCAAGACGGAUGUUUUUGCAGAAGACGACUGUGAAAGGAAGUUUCUAGUUCCUCACUUCUUAGUCACUGCAGUGCCACCUAGUGGUCAUUUAAAAGAAUAGCUGCAUCCACAGUCACAGCUAAUCACACACUGACGAUGAUCACAUGCACAUUUCAAACACAGUAUUUGUUUGUUUUUAUACUUGUUUUCUUUUUGUUAUUAUAUCAGAUCUUUAACUACUGUUGUGUGCUUUCAAUCAGUAAUUGGAUUGAUCAAAUAUUUGACUCGGUAAUGUAGAAACCUCAGAGAGUGAAUGUAUCAACAUCAAGUAAAAAGUGAAUCAUCAGAGUCACAAGCUGGUGUGUUUUCGAUCACUUGUUUUACCUGAAAAGGAAAGCAUGCUUGAUGUGCAAUCAUGACACUGUAAUUAAAUCUGCUGUAAAAUAUAGAUACAUAUUAAAAGGAUAUUUUUGUAGGCAAAAAAUAAAAUAUACAAUAAAAAGUAUUCCCCUGAUUCCCCAGGAGUUGCAUGCUGUAGAUGAAUUUAGUGCUGUAACAAGAAAACUUGAUGACCCUUCCCUGAUUAGAUUCAUUUUAUGAAACGAUCGAUCAAUCUAGUAACUUAAAUCCUCUUAAAAUUAACUUCUUCUCUUUUUUAUCCACUUUUUGAUAAUGAUAGUGUUGGCCUGUUCUGGUCCUUUUUUUCCAGGCCAGUGGUAGAGGCAUACAGGAGUGAGACUUAGCUCUAUGGUGAGACUCAGCCGACACACGGAGCUGGACUUUAAAGACUUCUGUUUUUUCUGCAUGGGUGUCUGAACUGUAAAAAGCAUGGUGUGUCAUCCCACCUGGCUUCAACAACGAGACGUUCUGUGCUACUUUUUUAAAGACUGGCAUCAACUCAGAGACCAUUUCUUUCAUAACUCAUUACAUGAGGCUUUGUUUAGCUUCCCUUUGAUCAGCUUUGGUGGCUUGUUACUGGCACAGCACGGGGUUGCUACUUUGAGGAUGUCGGUGCUGUAGAUACUCUUCGUGCAUCUUGUAGUUUUAUGAGAGAGUGUUUGAAAUCAGGUGCAUGAGGCAGCAUCUUUGGAGUUUUUGACUGUACCAUGAUGUGACUUUUUGGCAUGUUGUGACAAAGAACAGAGGCUGAAUCUUUACAUGCAUUCAAGCCAGAACAGGGGUUGAAUCCUAACAUGCAUUCAAGACAGAUAGAAAUGGAUAAGAUGCACAUAGAGCAGAGUUUCUCUUUUAAAGUACUUUCAUACAUGCAGUGGAUUCUUUCCUCCUCCUCUCCAUAUCUGAAUAUUUGGGGUUGCUGUCUGUCUUUGACUGGAUUUUCUCCUAAAAGCGUUCUAACUUUUUUUUUUUCACUUUUUUUUUUGUUUGUUUGUUUGUUUGUUUGUUUUUUCCUCCUUUUUUGACUUGCAGAUUCCUAAAAGUGUGAGAGGCUGGCUGAGGAAUGGCAGGGCAAGCAGCCUCGGAGAAAACAUCACCACGUUCCUCACGCGCUCAGAGUCAGAGAGAGAAAGUGAAAGAUGACCCCCAAUCUAAAAAAAACAGAAAGACGGCCGAUUAGAACGCAAUUUUUUUGAGAAACAUGAAACAAAACUUACCCGGAUUGUUGCAUUUCCUGCGCAGAAACUCUGCCAUGUGAAGCAACAAUCAAGAGAAAUCCAUCUAAAUUUAGUGCUCAUAACCUUUGUCCAUUCUUAACACCCAUACAGCAGUCACAACCACAGUAUUCAAUUUGCUUUUUUUUGUUUUUUCAGCAAAGCUUUUGCUUCUUAAUGGAACUAACUCUGCUUGCACCGCGCUCAGUUUUGACUGCGGCUGUUGGCUUCCUCGCUCUGAACGCGCCCCCCUUUUCCCCCUCCUGGCUAUGCCACUUCUCUUUACCCUCACUUUACUGCCCCUCUGCACACACACACACACACAAACACACACACCUACACAUGGCAAAGGGUGUGGUCAGAGACAGGACGGGGACCAGCAGGAGCAAAAAAGUCCACCUUAAAACACCUUUCAUGCAGCAGUGUGUGUGUGUGAGAGACAUUAACUCCUCCUCCUGCUAAAGACAACCACCCUGAGCUCACCUGCCUACAUCCGGAGCUUUGAAACUCUCAUCUCCACCUUCCCUCUAAAAAUCCACAUUUUCAGGUUUCAACCAACUGGAUAAUGAAGAAGUGAAGGUGCUAAUCAUCUAUCUAAACGCUACAUGCCUCUGUUUCAUGUUGUGUGUUUGUUUCUUAUCUGAAUGCCUGUAUGUGUUACUUUCAAAGUGUCCCUUUUUCUCCACACCACACCCCCCCCCCCCCAUCACACAUAUCCUGAACCAGCCGAGAGGAGAAAAAGAUGGAUGAUGCACAACUCACCAUUGCUUGUCCUAUAAAUCCUUGUCUUGUUGUCUCUGGUGUCUGUUCCUCUCUCUGACCACCCGCCCCCCUUCCUCACCUCCACAGUCCCUCCCCCCCCCUUCUCUGGCGGCUCCUUUGGCUGCUUUGGCUCAGGGCGGGGGGGCCUCUCAGCGAUGCGGUGUGCUGCAUGCUUGCCCUGUCUUCCUCCUCGCCCCCCCUCUGCUAACAACAAGGUGUUGUUGGAGGGGUGUUUGGUCAGCUUCGUCCAGCCUUUCUGUUUAGUUAACCCUCAUUGCCUGGUCUCACUGUUUGAAUUAACCUGAAUGCUACUGUUUGGGUUCAGUGCCUGUGGUUCAUUUUAUCUCUUUUUUUUGUUUUUCUGUCUGAGAAAGCAUGUUGUCCUGUUUUUAACAGCGAGCGAGUGAUCUCCUCCUCCCACUGUUCCCCGGUUUAAUCUCUAAAACUGUCAGAAAAGGACGAUAGGGACCUGAAAUGUUGUUUUUCUGAAUGAUUAUUUUGCAUAGGUAGGUCUUGUGCAUUUGUUUUACUGUUAAAUACACAGUACAGUAUGUAAGUAAGUAAAAACUGUUAGUGUUGUAUGUUUCUCAUCAGAGUGUCUAAUGCAAGUUGUUGUUAGUUUACAGUUAAUCACCCUGUGGAGACGCCUACACUCAUUUCAAGCAGCAACAGUGUGCUAAAAAAGUAAAUCGUAUUCACAUGGCGGCCAUUUUUUCUGAGGUGUCACUGAGGGUGGGAGGCUUACGUGCUAUUUCCAUGUGGUAGAUUUAAGAUAAGGUCAAACUUGAUUCAUCUGAGAAAUAAUCUUUAACGACAGUGUUGUCAAAAUUUGGACAAAUAUCCGUCCAUACAUUUAAUACCUCUAAGCUAACACAAGGCGUUAGCUAAUGUUAGAAUUUAACCUGUUUCUAAAUAUCAGUACUGGUUGAGAAUGUUACACGCUAAGCUAAUGCUAACUGUAAUGCUAGCUAGCAAUUGAUUGAAUGCUAACACUAGCUUUUGUGACUGUAUUAUAGUAAACAUUUGAUAGAAGAGGUUUAAAUGCCUAGCUAAAUGUGACGCUACAUAGCCUACAGUAAUGUUAGCCAGGAACUGAACUAGCAGUUUUGACGUAGCCGUCUGUACCCAAUGAGUCAUGAAAAGAAGGGCCAUAUUUUAACCCUCCUGUUAUGUUGCGGGUCAAAUUGACCCUUGUUAAAGUCUAUUUUAGGCAAUGCCUUCCAAACUAGCUAAAUGCAGCUUAAAAAUCUUGGCAGCAUGUGACAGAAGAGGUGUUAAUUUAUCAACAUCACUUCUUAAAAAUAAAAAUUCUAAAUGUACAAUAAAAUUAAAAAAAAAUGUAUGUCAUGUAAAACAAUUGUAUUUAUAUUUAGGGCUUAAUUUGAAUGAAAAACGAGUGAGUUAUCCUCAUUGAACCAUGAUCUGUGAGAAUUAAAGAACACCAAUGGACCAAAUCUUGAUUUGAAUUGUUAGUAAUGGAGUUAAAAAUUUGAUUUUUUUUUCAAAAGUGUAUUGGGUUUUUUUUGGGUUCUGACACUUUUGGAUAAUUGAAUAAGCCCCAGGUCAUAUUGACCCAGGACCAUUAUUGCUGUUCCAGAGAAACAAACAUAACAGGAGGGUUAAAGCUGUUUCAGACAUUAGCUAACCACUGCCUAGCUAACAUACCUGUGUGUUAAUGUUAAACAUUUGACAGGAGAGGUGUCUCCCUUAGCAAAACGCUAAGCUAGGUAGACAACAGUUAUGUAAGCUAGGCAGGCGGAUGCUUACCACACUUUAUCAUAUAGCAGUCAUUACAAAAUCAGUUGUUUACCUUGAAACAUAGCAUUUCGCCACUUCCUGGCUAACAUAAUAGUUAAAUAAUCAAUUCCCAAUCAGUGGUAAUGUUAUCAAGGAAUAUGAUGAAUGCUAACAUUAGCUGCUCUGUCUGCUCAUCAACUAAUGUUUGCCACUUCUUAGCUAAUACAAAAGUACACUUUAAAGCGCUAUACAACUUUGUAAGCAUAUAAACUUCUCAUCUUGAGUGUAACUUGACAAAAAAUGGCUCCUAUGUGUGUAUGAAACUAUUUUACACCUGAUGUUUCAAGGAUGGUCCACUUUAACUGUCUACUGUAUAUGAAGAUAUACUGUGAUCCACGUUUUACCUGUGAGUUUGUGACUGAAAUGUGACCCAGAAUCACCUGUCGUGGGCCUUAACUGGGUUUUAUUAAGAGAAGGAAUGACGCUGGUGAAAGGAUUAAGAUGUGAUUAUCUCAAAAGUUUGGGGUCAAAUUUGAGACUUUUUGUAAUCAGAAACUAUCUGAAGAUAGAAAUUAUGUCCACUGAUCCCCUUUUCCUGCUCAACGGCACAUAAUGUACGUGAUUUUAACAUUUUUUGUUUUAUAUAUGAUGAUGAUGAUGAUGAUGAGUUGACUUUCAGCUUUCUUUGCUUUUUAUUUCCUAGUAUUUUAAAGCUGGAAAAUCUGUGUUGUAGCUUAUUCUGCUUAAACUGCAAAUAUGAGUAACAAAGACACACAUGUGUGGAAGAAGCCAUUUUUAAAUAUUCAUCUGAUGCAGCAUUUUAUGAACACGGAGGACGGAUGAACGUAUGACUGUUUGGACUUUUGAUGGAAGGAAUUGAUCAUACCCCCUGUUGAAUCAAGCUCAUCAGUAUCAUGUUUGCUUUUUCACCACUCAUUGCUCGAUAUGCCUCCUUUUGUUUUGUUCAGUCAAAAAGCCCAAUGAGGCACACAUCAACACUUUCAAGGCAGCAGUAUGCUUAACGUUAAACAUCUGCCUGCAAGAUUUCUGCAGCAAGACCACCACAAACCUUUUAGUUGAUGCCCCGGAUUAACCUGCCUGUACAGAGGAAAACGGCAAGUUGGAAUUAGAGAGAGUAUAUAUGAAUAUAUAAAUAAAGUUUAAAAAGGAAAAACAUCUAUUUUAACUAUUGAGAGUCUUACCAUUACUUUAUCUGCUUUGCAAAGUAAGACUUCCUUUCCUUUGUAAAGGUCUACCAAAUGGUGUGUUUUUGCACUUUUUUGUUUGUGUUCCAUUUGGUAGCCCAUGCUUGUGUUUUUGGAGCACUGAAUACUUUGUAUUGUGUUUACUGUGCCAAUUAAAUAUGCCUGAAAGUUAA